AUGCCACUGCCUGUCAUGUAUCGCUAUCCGCUACUCACUCUUAGCAAGAUCAGCAGGUCUUUCUCCAUACCUCGCAGUGCCGAUCCGUCUUUCCGGUCCGAGGCUCAAACCUUAACCUUCACCGCCACGGUUUAUGGAAGCAUAGACGAUCUCAGCCACAUUCAGGCUUUCCCUGGGACCCUGUCCAUGGAAGAGGUCGAAGCUGAGCUUGUGGAGAAACGGCACAGUAUCUUAUCUUGUCCCACACAGGGUAUUGCCACAUGCGCUGUCGACUCUGUCCUUGCCGUUGCUCGGUAUCUUGGUAUUGCACGCAAUGCUAUCGAUGUCGCAUUUUGUCGCUCUUCAAUUCCAUAUCCCGCCAGCAUCAUGCUCCAAUUUCUCGAUCAAUCAUGGACUGGCAUUGGAACGCAACUUCUCAAUACCAAACGCGACGCACUACAGGUAGCUAUCCUGAGUCAUAUGCACAGCAUUGGAGAGUACUCUUCUAAUGGUUACCUUGAUCCACGGUUGGUUUGGCAAAUGUUUAACGGCAUACCCUCAACUUCGUUCACCUUGGUCCAACACCGAACAUGCAUGAUUUGCCUCACCCACACAGACCCGAUGCAAGAGAGCUUGUCUCUGAUCCACAUACCCAACCGCUUCAUUUCCUCCGCCGCUUACGCUCGAAUCACAUCGCCCCCUCGAUCGACCAUCAUCCGAGAUCUUGUACAGCUACGUCUAUCGUCAGAUGCUGUUACCGUCGCCGCCCCUUGUCCCCAAUGUCAUCACAACGAUACACAAGAGGAGGUAUACAUCGCAGACAGACUGCCUGAGGUUCUAGCUGUGGGGAUCGAGAACACCAGUGAUGGGUGCCUUUCCUAUGCUGCAGACAUAGAUAUAGACUAUCGUCAUCUCGAUCAACCAAAGUCUGCACCUCCAAAUCGGGCGCGUUAUCAACUUGCCGCGUUGCUCCAUAUUUCUGGUGACGGAGAUCUUGCGCACAUUACCGCUUCUAUCCGUGUUGCUAGCAAGGGCUGGAUCCGGUACGACGGCAAUAAGUCGCCUCCUAUCAGUGUUUUCGGUCAAAACGACGCAUACCUUAACUCAGCACCCCAGUGUGUGAUGGCUUUGUACAAGUCAAGGCUAGAUUCAAUAUGA